GAAGUCUGGGCACGACCAUUUUCUUUUACUUCACCGGUUAAAAUCGGGCACAUGUGCUUUGUUAACAAUUUUUAAGACAAACCCAGUUAUCUAACAAACUUGUAACUUCAUUAAAAACCCGGUAGAAGUUCAACAAUAUAUUAAGAAUGAACAGUGAAAAGCUUAAAAAACUUCAAUCACAAGUGAGGAUCGGCGGAAAAGGUACCCCAAGGCGUAAGAAGAAGGUCGUACACUCCACACAAGCCACAGACGAUAAAAAAUUACAAUCAUCCCUAAAAAAACUUUCAGUGAAUACCAUUCCCGGUAUCGAAGAGGUGAAUAUGAUCAAAGAAGAUGGUACUGUGAUCCAUUUCAAUAAUCCAAAAACGCAGGCUUCUCUGGCCGCGAACACCUUUGCCAUUACCGGCCAUGGUGAAAAUAAACAGAUCACAGAUAUGUUACCAGGUAUUCUUAGCCAGUUGGGGCCCGAAGGCAUCACCCAACUUAAGAGACUAGCAAACACAGUAGCUAACGCUGGUGGUGUUGGGAAAAUAGUACCAGAAGAUGAAGAGGAUGUGCCAGACCUAGUAGAGAAUUUCGACGAGGCGUCGAAAGCGGAAGUAGCGAAAAAGGAUGAAGAAAAGCCAAAGGAAAAUUAGGAGAGAGAUCGAGGGAGU